AUGAGUCUCAUCGAGAUUGCGUAUGAGAUCUAUAAACAAACCACUUCUCUGGUUCGACCCACUGCGACCCGGCGGGACCCCACUGCGAUGGAUCUGUCAUACGCCUUCCAAGAUUCAAGUACUUGGCGCAAAGAUGGGUGGGGCGAGUACACUAUUACUUCCAUUGUGCUGGAUCUGGGCGUCUCUAGUGACAUUUCCUCCCCCUUCAUCUCAACCGACUCCAAACAAAGAAGAAAAAUGGCAAUCAACCAGGCACAGGAUCAGGGUUUAGAUGACGAGAUUUCGGAUCUUGAGGAACGUCUGGAAAAUGCGAGAGCGCGCCGGGUGCUGGCCACAGGGAAUGCUCCUUUCCAAGGUCCGUCCAAUCCGAUACCCGUCCACGCAUUGCUCCUCCUUUCUGACUCGGCGCUUCCCCUCGGUGGGUUUGCGUACUCCAACGGACUUGAAUCGUACCUUGCCCAUCUCAAGCUACGAGGACGUAUAGCCAAUCCAGAGGCAGCCUUUGACUCGUUCCUUACGCUCUCAAUUGCGUGCAUGGCGAGCACAUCCCUACCGUACUUGUUGGCAGCGUAUCGACAACCCGAAAUGUUGAAAACCAUCGAUAACGAUCUCGAUGCAUCCACCCCUUGUGUUGUAGCUCAGCGGGCAAGCCUCGCCCAAGGAAGAGCUCUACUGGGGGUCUGGGAACGAUCCUUCCGCGUGUCCUACACUCCGGCGAGCGAUGCAGCAGCGGUGACGGCAGUGAAGUCUCUCGAAAGCAUUUCUGCUGGGCUCAAGAGCCGCAAUAACCCAGAAGAAGGAUUGGGGCCGAAUGGUCACCUCGCGCCCUUGUGGGCCGUGGUCUCUCGGGCCAUGGGGUUGACGGCACAGCAAACGGCCUAUCUGCAUAUGGUCAACCAUGCCAAAGCCGUGCUCAGCGCAGCGGUGCGCUCCUCUGUCAUUGGUCCUUAUAUGGCGCAGUCCAUCUUGGCCAGUCAACGUUUGCAGGAAAUGAUUUCUCACCGAAUCGAGCGGGAGUGGGACACCCCCAUCGACCGGGCUGGACAGUUGGUCCCGGCAAUGGACUUGUGGGUUGGACGCCACGAGCUUCUUUACAGCAGGAUUUUUAACUCAUGA